CAAAGUCGGGCUUGGAAAGCCAAUGUUGGAGGCCUCAACCAGAUAGAUGAGUUAUGGAUUCUGCUGGCAGAAACCACGGUGAAAGUCCACCUUCUCAUCAUGAGCUGUACAGAGUACCCCAAGAGGAGAGUAUUUACCAAUCGGCCAAAUUAGAACAUGUGCCGCGGAUCGUCGAAGAUCUGAGAGAUUACAACUGGGAACAACUCCAGGAAAAGUACGCAACUGCCAUGGAAGAUCACGGCAGAUCCGAAGAAACCCUGCGAGCUCAAACUGCAAAGCUGCUUGAGGUCUUCAUGGCUUGGUCUCAAACGACUGUUGAUCGCGAUGAGAGUAGAGCCCUGAAAAGGUUCAAAACGCAAAUGCAACAUGUGCAGAACUCCGAGGAAGAAUUAGAAAAUAAGAGGAAGCAUUAUAUCGAAGUUGUGAGAGCAUUUCAGACUGCCCUCUCAUUGCUGAAUAACCGUGCCAACUCUUGAUUGCAUCCGGCGGGAAUGCAAUGUUGGGUACCUUUUGGUGGGGGUUGCUUUUCCUUAUCUUAUUUGCCCGAUGGAUCAAUGCCAUGAAAGAACACCCUGCUUUUACUACUGUGAUUGGGCGUAAAAUCUCGGCGU